GGACUUCAUCCGCUACCAAGGGAACCACUAGGCAAAAAAACCUCUAUCUAAACAUGAUAUCCUUCCUCAGCUUUCUCAAUCUGGUCUUCUUUCUCCGCCUCCUUACCACUGCCAUCUCCGGUGAGUUGUCGUCUUUUUACACACCUAAGGAGACCUUCUUCAUUGACUGUGGAGUCUCCCAAGAUUACAAGGCAGCGGAUGGCCGGAACUGGAUUGGAGACAACUAUUCUAAAUUCCUCCUCAAAGAAAACGGAGGAGCAUCAACAACCUCUAGUGCACCUGUAGACAGCAGCAAUAAUACCCCUCUCUUUGCCACUGCACGGCUCUCACACUCUGAAUUCACUUACAGAUUUCCUGUCUUAGCCGGCACGAAAUUCAUCCGUUUACACUUUUAUCAAUCUUCAUAUGGAGCCUUCCACAGAUCUAAAGCCUCUUUCUCAGUCAAAACUGAUGGCCACACUUUUCUUAGCAACUUCAAUGUGUCACUUGCAGCCGAUGCUCUUGAUUCCCCUAUCAUAUCCAAAGAAUUUGUUAUCAAUUUCAAAGAAGAUCAGAUGCUGAACAUAGUAUUCAAUCCAAGCGACAGAAUCGGUGAUGCGCACGCUUUUAUUAACGGAAUUGAAAUAGUCUCCAUGCCCGACGAUCUCUACUACAGUUCUCCACAAGAUGGAGGGUUUCAGUUUAUCGGUCAACAGAAUUCAUUUCGCAUUGAAACAGAUUAUGCUCUGGAAAUGGUAUACCGACUAAACGUAGGCGGGCAAUAUGUUUCGGCCAAGGAUGACACCGGCAUGUUCCGUACUUGGGAUAUGGACGAUGACUACUGCGUGAAACUAGCAUUUGUACCCGCCAACACCAGCAUUAAUCUCAAAUUCACCAAAAUACCAAAUUACACGGCACCUCUUGAUGUCUACCGCGCCCGGACCAUGGGAAACAGCAAAACUGAGAACAUGGGAUACAAUCUUACUUGGUCUUUGCCUGUGGACUCUGGUUUUAGUUACCUGCUUAGAUUACAUUUUUGCGAGUUCCAACCAGAGAUCCAGCAGCAGCAGGACAGGGAGUUCACGAUUUUCAUAGCUAACCAGACGGCGGAGAAUCAUGCAGACGUGAUCAAAUGGAGCGGCGGAAACGGAGUUCCGAUAUACAGAGAUUAUGGGGUAAUGAUGCCAAGCCAGGGAAGUAACAAAAAACAAAAGCUCUACAUACAACUGCAUCCUAACCUGGAUUAUGAAACCGUUUACAAUGAUGCAAUCCUCAACGGAAUCGAGCUGUUCAAACUCAUCAAUCCCAAUCCAGACCAACAGCCUACCUCGAGGGAAAGUAACAAAAUGAAGCUUGUUGCAAUUACCGGAGGUGUGGUUUGCGGUGUAGUUGCAGGCUCAGUUUUAUGCAUCUUUGUCGUGCAUCAAAUGAAGAGAAAAAGAGAUCCUGGCCUCAGAGACAGAACACUAUGGCGGCGCCCAGUUUUUUAUAUUUGGGGUAAGUACACCGACGCCCACCGUUCAUCUCUAACAUCCAAUCUGUGCCGUCAUUUCAGUCUGCAAGACAUCAAGACGGCCACCAAGAACUUUGACAAGGGAUACAUCGUCGGAGAGGGAGGCUUUGGUAACGUGUAUAAAGGAUAUAUCAAUGGAGGAACUACACCGGUGGCGAUGAAACGCCUAAAUCCUGAGUCACAGCAGGGGGCCCACGAGUUCAUGACUGAGAUCGAGAUGCUUUCCCAGCUGCGUCACAUUCAUCUUGUGUCUCUCGUUGGUUACUGCAACCAUAAACGUGAGAUGAUCCUUGUGUACGAGUACAUGGCCAAUGGCAACCUCCGCGAUCAUCUCUACAACACUGAUAAUCCUCCUCUGCCGUGGACCCAACGCCUUCAGAUUUGCAUCGGAGCUGCGCGUGGACUGCACUACCUUCACGCCGGUGUGAAGAAGACAAUCAUUCACCGUGAUGUCAAGACAACCAACAUUUUAUUGGAUCAUAAAUGGGUGGCUAAAGUUUCCGACUUCGGCCUAUCCAAAAUGAGUCCUACCAGCGUGGCAAAUGCCCACAUCAGCACAGUUGUCAAGGGUAGUUUUGGCUAUCUGGAUCCAGAGUAUUUCAGAUUCCAACGUCUGAACGAGAAGUCUGACGUCUACUCAUUUGGGGUGGUAUUAUUUGAAGUACUGUGUGCAAGGCCACCUGUAAAUCAAACAGGGGAGGAAGAGCAAGCGGGCUUGGCACACUGGGCCGUCACCAGCUACAAAAAUGGAAAGCUGGAGGAAAUCAUCGACCCCCAUUUGAAGGGUAAGAUUGCACCAAUGUGCUUGGAGAAAUACGGAGAGAUUGCAGUGAGUUGCGUGCUUGAUCAAAGGAUCAAGCGUCCGUCAAUGAGCGAUGUGGUGAGGGGCCUUGAGCUUGCAUUGGAGCUCCAGGAAAGUACAGAAAAGGGGAACAGUAUAAAUGAGUCCCUGGACCAUGAGGAGGACCUAUCACAAAUUUCUGGUACAGAUGACGACGACAAAGAUGUGUUUCAUAAUGGAGGUAGAGACGUCUACGAUUCAGAGGCUAGCAGGGUGACAAUCCCGAGCAAUGAUGAAAAAAGUUCAAUUAGUGUUAUGAUGGAAGACGAUCCAUGUGUUGUCUGAUAUCAUGAAGCCCCAAGGGAGAUGAAAUCAGGCAUGUAUUGGACUAACAGGGCACUUAACAGGUGGGUCAUUUUUAUCAAAUAAGGUAAUUGGACUACUUGUUUAAUUGAUCUUUAUUAUGAAGUUUCUAGCGCUAUCAUUUCUUCAUCAGAAUUUUUAAAUAAUUAGUAGUAUGAAUAUAAACUUUAU